AUUUUGCGCGCUUCUGGUGCGGGGCGCGGGGUGCGGGGCGCGGAGCGGGCGCCUAUCCUCGCUCCCGAGGACCGUGGGGCCCUAGCCCCAGCCGAGCCCGAGCUGCGCCGCAAGGGACUCCAAGUCCUCUUACUGAGAGGACAAACAUUUAUCACGCGGCUGCUGGCUGUCUCUGCUGUCUGUUUACCCCACUGGGGGACCUGGACACACACAGAUCCAGAUUGGCCCAUCCUUCCCAGCAGCUACUCCCCCAGGGCCUCCAGAAGAUCUGGAAGCUGAGGGCAGCAACAGUGGGGGAGCAGAAUACACCUGGCUGGGACUCCAUCUGGACCCCACUGCUUAGACCUUCUGCAGCCUGAGGAGAGGUGUGAGGUGUGCAUACCCCGAGGACACAGACAUAAGGCCUCUGCCAGAUGUGGGGGGCAGCAGCCAAAAGGCAUGCCCCCCAUCCAGUCCCACCACCCCUACCUCCUGCUCCUACUACUGCUGGCUUGCCAGCCACAGGUAUCCUCCGCUCAGGUGAUGGACUUCCUGUUCGAAAAGUGGAAGCUAUACAGUGACCAGUGUCACCACAACCUGAGCCUGCUACCUGCCCCCACUGAGCUGGUCUGUAACAGAACCUUUGACAAGUAUUCCUGCUGGCCAGACACACCUCCCAACACCACAGCCAACAUCUCCUGCCCCUGGUACUUACCUUGGUAUCACAAAGUGCAGCACCGCCUGGUGUUCAAGAAGUGUGGGCCUGAUGGACAGUGGGUACGUGGGCCCCAGGGGCAGCCAUGGCGCAAUGCCUCCCAGUGCCAGAUGGAUGAUCAGGAGAUAGAGAUCCAGAAGGAGGCAGCCAAGAUGUACAGCAGCUUCCAAGUGAUGUACACAGUGGGGUACAGCCUGUCCCUAGGGGCGCUGCUCUUUGCCCUGGCAAUCCUGCUGGGUCUCAGCAAGCUGCACUGCACUCGCAACUACAUCCACCUGAACCUGUUUGCAUCCUUCGUGCUCAAGGCGGGCUCUGUGCUGGUCAUCGACAAGCUGCUUAAGGCCCGCUAUAGCCAGAAUAUCAGAGACGAUCUCAGUGUCAGCGUCUGGCUGAGUGAUAGGACGGUGGCCGGCUGCCGUGCGGCUGCAGUGAUCAUGCAGUAUGGUAUAGUGGCCAACUACUGCUGGCUGCUGGUGGAAGGUGUGUACCUGUACAGCCUGCUGAGCCUUGCCACCUUCCCUGAGCGGAGUUUCUUCAUGCUUUACCUGGCUAUCGGCUGGGGUGCACCUCUGCUGUUUGUCAUCCCUUGGGUGGUGGUCAAGUGUCUCUUUGAGAACAUCCAGUGCUGGACCACCAAUGACAACAUGGGCUUCUGGUGGAUCCUUCGUGUUCCUGUCUUCCUAGCCAUCCUGAUCAACUUCACCAUCUUUGUCCGCAUCAUUCACCUCCUUGUGGCCAAGCUGCGUGCUCGCCAGAUGCAUUAUGCUGACUAUAAAUUCCGGCUGGCCAAGUCUACCCUGACCCUCAUCCCACUGCUGGGUGUCCACGAAGUGGUCUUUGCCUUUGUGACGGAUGAGCAGGCCAAGGGAACCCUGCGUUCUGUCAAGCUCUUCUUUGACCUCUUCCUGAGCUCCUUCCAGGGCUUGCUGGUAGCUGUUCUCUACUGCUUCCUCAAUAAGGAGGUGCAGGCGGAGCUGUGGCGGCACUGGCGGCGCUGGCGAGAAGGCAAAGCACUGCUGGAUGAACGCAUCACAAGCAGCCACUCGGCCCCAACAGGGCCCAGUCGCGGCCCCCUCUGUGAGAAGCUUCAGCUGGUGAAGGGGGGCAGCAGCAAUGGGGCCAGCCAUGAACCCUCUGCAGAAACCCCCUUGGUCAAUGACCUCCCUUGAUUGGCCAAGAACCUCUCCAGGGCUGGAGUCAGGGACCACAGAGCUUUCCCAGGACAGCCCUGAGCUAGGUGCCUGCCCAAGGCUGGGGCAGCCCACAGUUGCUCACAUCACUAUCCCCUCCUCCCCACACAUUCCCUGUCCAAGGGCUAAGGCGAGAUGAUUCAGGUGUGGCAUGGGAGCUGAGCCAUCAACUGUAGGUGCAACUUUCCAGAUGUGUUGGUGUCCUUUGUACAUGAAGUGUGUGUCCUCCAAUAAAUAGCUCAGGUAGUGGCCACUGUGAAGGUCCUAGAGAGCUGAGCUAGAAAUGCC